AUGCAAGUGUGCUUUUUUGUGGAUUGGAUAAAUUUUGAUGAUGAAUGUGUAUCAUCGUUGCCAUAUGAUAACGAUGUUGUUCAAUCUGAUGAUGAUAAUUGUUUUAAUCAUCAUCGCCAUUUAUCAAGUAAUAUUCUUACUAAUGAAAAAAGAGCAUCAUCAAUAUUAAUGGAUAAAUGUGAAGAUACAGUAACCAUGGAAUCAUCUUGCAUGGAAGAUGUACAAGAUAUUUUAUAA